AUGGCUUCUCUCCAAACUCUACCGCUGAUAAUUGACAAUGAGCCGGUCCACCCGGCAGACGCCCCAAUCGUCACAAAUUAUUCGAAUAACACAAAGUCGGACUACAUCAAAUAUGUCAGCGCGAGUGCAAAAGAUGCCAUCGCAGCAGCCGAAUCUUCUCAAGUUGCCUUUCGGUCGUGGUCUCAAUCUCUCCCUCGAGUUCGACGUGAGAUUCUGCAAAAGACUGCCGCUUUGAUCCGUGAGAAUGCUGGCGAAUUAAUCAGAACUCAAAUGGAGGAGACGAAUUGUUCUGAGUUCUGGGCCAAGUUCAACACGCACAUGGCCGUUUUGCACUUGGAGGAAAUGAGUGGCAGAAUCACUUCGGUAUUGACAGGGGAUAUUCCUGUUGUUCAGACACCCGGCAUGAUGGGGUUCGUGUACAAACGGCCCGUUGGCCCAGUCUUGAGCAUUCCGCCAUGGAACGCGUCCGUAUUUCUUGCCUGUCGAGCGAUUGACACUCCCCUUGCGGUUGGGUGUACGGUGUUGCUCAAAGUUUCUGAACAGUCGCCGCACACCCAACAUUUCCUGGUCCAGCUCUUUCACCGCGCUGGCUUGCCUCCCGGUGUGCUCAACGUCAUCCAAACUCGGCGUGAAGAUGCUGCAACCGUGUCCGAGGCGUUGAUAUCUCACCGGCAUAUUCGAAAAAUCGAGUUUAUCGGAUCCGCCGCGGUGGGAAGUCGGAUUGGGGCGUUGGCUGGUAAGUAUCUGAAGCCCGUUUUGAUGGAGCUCGGCGGCAAAGCGGCAGCUCUCGUCCUUGAUGACGCGGACUUGGAGCUUGCAGCGCAGGGCUGCAUUCACGGCGGCUACAUUCACCAUGGCCAGGUGUGUUUUUCCACCGAACGAAUUGUGGUAGAUGCUGCUGUUGUGGACAAAUUCAUUCCAAUCCUCAAGAACGUUGCGGCCAAUUUUCCCGUCUCCGGAGCCGUCUCCUCCACCGGAUCUGACAAUUCUCUUCGACUAUUGAACGAUGCGGUCGGCAAAGGAGCCAAGAUCAUUUAUGGCAACGCCCAACUUCUCGAGCCAGGCAAAUUACAACCCGUUGUUAUCAGUGGGCUGACGCCUGAAAUGGAGAUUUACGACAACGAGUCUUUCGGACCAGUGGUCGCAGUGUACACCGUGAAAUCAGAUGAGGAAGCGAUCGAACUGGCGAAUAGUUCAAAAUAUGGAUUGAGUGCUGCAGUUUAUAGCAAGGAUGUUGUUCGUGCCCUCAAGGUCGCCAGUCGGAUCGAAGUUGGUCAAACCCACAUCAAUUUCCCUCUCGGUACGGGAACGGAUGAAGCAACUCUUGCGAUUGGAGUGAGUAAAGCUAGUGGAUGGGGAAGACAGAAUGGAAAUUACGGGUUGGAUGAGUUUCUCGAAUUGAGGACUGUCACCGUCACCAGUCCGGCCGAAUUUGCCGCUGGUAUGGCGAACAUGGAAGCGUAA